CGGGCGAGCUCCGGCUGCAGCGGCUCCGCCAGCGGCGCGCACAGCAACUUUGGAGAGGCGAACAGCAGCCCCAGCAGCGGCAGCAGCAAUGACUCCCUGGCUCGGGCUCGUCGUGCUCCUGGGCAGCUGGAGCCUGGGUGACUGGGGCGCCGAGGCGUGCACGUGCUCGCCCAGCCACCCCCAGGACUCCUUCUGCAACUCUGACAUAGUGAUCCGGGCCAGAGUGGUGGGGAAGAAGCUGGUGAAGGAAGGGCCCUUUGGCACGUUGGUCUACACCAUCAAGCAGAUGAAGAUGUACCGAGGCUUUACCAAGAUGCCCCACGUGCAGUACAUCCACACGGAAGCUUCUGAAAGUCUCUGUGGCGUUAAGCUGGAGGUCAACAAGUACCAGUACCUGCUGACAGGGCGCAUCUACGAUGGGAAGGUGUACACAGGACUGUGCAACUUCGUGGAGCGGUGGGACCAGCUCACCAUCUCCCAGCGCAAGGGGCUGAACUAUCGGUAUCACCUGGGUUGUAACUGCAAGAUCAAGUCCUGCUACUACCUGCCUUGCUUUGUGAGCUCCAAGAAUGAGUGUCUCUGGACCGACAUGCUCUCCAAUUUCGGCUACCCCGGCUACCAGUCCAAACACUAUGCCUGCAUCCGGCAGAAGGGUGGCUACUGCAGCUGGUACCGAGGAUGGGCCCCCCCGGACAAAAGCAUCAUCAAUGCCACAGACCCCUGAACACCAGACCCUGCCCCACCUCCCUCCCUCCCUCCCCACUGAGCUUCCCUUGGGACACUAACUCUUCCCAGAUGACAACAAUGAAAUUAGUGCCUGUUUUCUCGCAAAUUUAGCACUUCGAACACUUAAAGUCUAUGCUGUCCUAUGGUGUUUAUUUGGAAACAUCCUCCCGGCCCCCUACCCCCACCCCCUUUUGGGUUUCGACAUCACCCAUUUGCAUCCGGGAAUUUUUGGUGCCGUGCCAGAGAGAAUGAGGAAUGGACACUCCUCUCCUUCGUGAUAACAUAAUCUAUAUUUUUUUAGGAAAACGAAAAUCAAAAAACUACCCCAUUUGGGCAUUGUAGUACCUACCCCUCUUUCCUCUUCCCCACCUCGUUAUCACCCAGACCCUCCUCCCUUUGCCCUUCUUCUCCUCCCCAGUCCUUAAAAGACACAGACAAGGAAGCUGCUGAAAAGCCAACUGUUUCAGAAUCAGUCAAGGGCAGCAAGCAGACAGACUCAAGGUAUGCAGAAGAUCUAACACAACGAGGAGAUGCUAAUGCAUGUCCCAACCAGACCAUGUCUGUCUGUGUCUGCAUGUAGGAGUGUGAGAGGGAAGGAAGAAACUUUAAGAGAGGGUCUGAGAUGAUGUAGCACACACACAAUUCCCCCAGCCCAGUGAUGCUUGGGUUGACCAGAUGUUCCUGAGUCUGCAGCAAGCAGCCAGGCCAGAAUAACAGAACUUUCUUAAUUGACGAAGACUUAAACAUCUGCCUGAGGUCAGGAGGCAAUUUGCCUGCCUUGUACAAGAGCUCAGGUGAAAGACUGAGAUGAAUGUCUUUCCUUUCCCUGCCUCCCACACUAUUUCCUCCUGGAAAACUCUUUGGUAGAUUUGGCCAGGAGCUUGCCUUUAUGUAAAUUGGAGAAAUACACACACCGUACACUAUCCACAGAUAUAGCCAAGUAGACUUGGGUAGAGAAUACUAUUUCCAAAGUAGUGUUUAGCUCACCUAGGGGGAUGUGUUUGUACACACAUUUGCAUAUACCCACACGGGGACAUAAGCUGAUAUUUUUACAGGACACAGAAUUCUGUUCAAUGCUGUUAAAUACGCCAAUAGUUUAUCUCUUCUAUUUUGUUGUUGCUUGUUUGAAGAAAAUCAUGACAUUCCAAGUUGACUUUUUUUUUUUCAUUUUAAUUAAAAUUUGAGAUUCUGAACACCCUCAGCAUUCCUCUAACUGGGGUCAUCUGACCUUUGUCCCUCUCCUUUUCUCCUGCUUCAUGUUUGGGGCCUUCAUAUAACUGCUUUACUGGCGUGGCUCAGUUAGGAGAUGAGAGUUAGUGUGGGUCAGGGGCCUGGGCACAGGAGGGAAAGCUGCGGAUUGGCCUGCCAAGGCUAAACGGCCACCUUUACUGGGUUUGGGGACAGCUUGCUCCUCUUACUCCAGUGCACUAGUGGGUGAAUGCCACCUGCUGAGGUCGUUACCUCAAGGAUUUAAGUUGGUGGUCACAGGGGAAGCCUGACUCUGCAAGCAGCUGUAGGGAUUUUGUUGUUGGUUUUGUUCUGAAAUAAAACUAUAAUAUAAAUUCUCCAAUUAAAUAAAAUUAUUUUAAGUUUUAGUGCUGAAAAUGAGAUGCUGAGAGUAGACAGUAAUGUGUGUUUUACAGAAUUGGGGAUGGUAGGAUGGUGACAUUUAACAUGAUUGCUCUCUUUUUUCAGAUUAUGGGUAUUUUUCCUCUAUUAGCAUUUGUAUCUUCAGUUCAUUCCGCUUUAGGAAACAGAGCUGCCAAUUAAAACAGGAGAACAAAAAGAGGCAGACAACACAUUGUAAUGUCUUGCACGCACACGCGAAUGCCCAGGCAGGGUGUUUGGCAGAACCCCGGAGCAGGAAGACAGUACAGGCAUCAGUUUCCUUGGGAUCGAUUUCAUUACCUUGUACCUUUCACCUGUGGUCAUAACAUUCGGCAUGUGGGAAAGAGGAGGCGUCGCCUUCUCGAUGGGGCAGUGUGAGCAGAGGGAGCUGAGGUCAGCAGGCUAGUGGCUUUUAAGGGGUGAGGCCCCAGACUUGGUGUUUUAAAUUUUUCUUUAUUUUAACCUCAAAGUGUUACAAGGUGGAACCCCUGAUCCAACCCCCACAAGUGCCCUUCCACAAUCAGACAUCGGCCUCUCCUCCAUGAGGCAUCUGACCAUUCUUGGUCCCUGGCAGGGUCACCUCCAUUCACAUAGGAGGGACUUGGGGUGAGGCCUAAGCAUGAGUCACCUGAUGUUGUCCUGCAGACAGGUCGGCAGAACCACAGUCCCAUCUGCCAGGCCCUGGCGAGGAGAACAGCAGGUCCCGGGCAAAGAAGUUUCCUUUGCAGAGCGAUGUUGUCAGAGGGUGGGUUUGGAGCUUUCUAUAAGCUAUAGCUUUGUUUAUUUCACCUGUUCACUUACUGUAUAAUUUAAAGUCAUUUAUGUAGCUGAGACACUUCUGUAUUUCAAUCAUAUCGUGAACGUUUUAUUUUGCUAAAUCUUAUGUCAUGUGUAGGCUAUAAUAUGUGUACAUUGUGUUUAAGAGAAAAAAAAAAAGAAACCCACAUGCCGCCAUUUUCCUGAAUCAAAUUCUACAGUGGAAUGGAGGGUAAAUACUUCUAUUGUGCAGGCAGCUAGACUGGUGAAUUGGGGAAACUAGAAGGAAUUAGCACUUGAGACUCCUCCAGCCUCUGCUCUGUCGGCAUCCCAGUGCUUUCUGGAGUAAGAAGGAGGAGGGAAAAAUAGCAAGUACAUCCAUGUCCUUGCUCUGUACCAACUGGCCCUGGGCAGGCUGCUGGGAAUUCUCUUUCUUUUUUCCCCAUAGUCCCUUUGCCCAUCCAAUAAGGAAGCCAUGAUUUCUCCGAAAAAUCCUGGGCCAUGAGAGCUGUAAUUCCAGGAUCCCUUGGCCUUCCCUGGCCAUCUCUUCUGCUUCCCCAUCCAGGAAGCGCUAUGCCCAGGCUCUGCCUCUCAGGCCAGUGCUCCGUCUGGCGGAAGUAGAUAAUUCUGGGAGACUCCUGUGCUUCACCCUCACCCAGCCCCAGACCCAUAUGAUGGUCAAGCUACAGCCCACAAGCACCAUUUUUCAUAUCACGGUUCUUGAGCAAUUCAAGAAAUAAAUGAUUGAUUGGAACAGCUCUAUCUCAGAGACACCAAGAGAGACAAUACUUAAUCCUUGACGAUCGUCAAUAUGGAUUACCCUAAAAUGACACCCAAGUGUUUGGCUUCUGGCUGCCUAAAGUAAAAAAUAUCAAUAAAUGGUUUUAUGCAAGAAAAAUUUUGAAUAUCUGAUGGCUAAAGCAAAACAAAACGUGGGCAUGUAGGAGAGGUGGAUAUCAACAGCCUCCGAACGGGCUCUUGGGAGGUGUGAGGAGGGGAAGAACUUAGAGACCAGUUCGUACUCUGAAGGAGAGGGGCUUAGAUCCUCCCACACCCCACCUUCUCCCUUAGCCAGUCUGCUGUCCUGAGACCCAGAAGUGAUGGAGAGAAACCAACCAGAGAAAACCCUGUCUAGAAGGAAUGUAUUUGUUGCUAAAUUUUGUAGCACUGUUUACAGUUUUCCUCCAUGUUAUUUAUGAAUUUUAUAUUCCGUGAAUGUAUAUUGUCUUGUAAUGUUGCAUAAUGUUCACUUUUUAUAGUGUGUCCUUUAUUCUAAACAGUAAAGUGGUUUUAUUUCUAUCACGUA